AUGAAGCGACCCGCUAGUACCAGCUCUGCGAGCGCAGGUAGCAAUUGGAAAGCGCUCAAGAAGUCGCUCGGCUCGGACGCUUCCACCUCCGCCACGACGUCUUCCACAGCGCGUAGAAAGGCCUCCACUUCAUCCAGCAAGCCGAAGCGAUCCAAACCCGAUCUCCGAGAGAAUGACUCAGCAGGCAGCAAAUCAUCCAGUCCCGCUCCUACUUCCUUGCCAUGGUUUGCCGAAGACAUCUCUCCGCAAGAUUUGGAGCUCGUUCGCCAGAGUGCUUCCGAUAAGAUGGCACGUAGCGGAGAGUGGGAAGGUAUCGUGGACGCUAAGCUCAAAAAGCAGAUCAUUCUCGGUGGUUUGCCAUCCGAUGCCAAUCCAGCCAAGAAGGAGCCGGGCAACUAUCUCGCCAUUGAUUGCGAGAUGGUCGGCGUGGGCGACAAGGGCUCCGAGUCCAUCCUUGCACGUGUCUCCAUCGUAAACUUCCACGGCGCGACCAUCUACGAUCGCUUCGUCCGGCCACAAGAGAAAGUGACCGACUAUCGAACUUGGGUAUCCGGCGUCAGACCCAAGGAUCUCAAAGGCGCUCCUUCGUUCAGCGAAGUUCAGGGCGAGGUGGCCAACCUGAUCAAAGGCAAGGUGCUGGUCGGACAUGCCAUCCAGAACGACCUCAAAGCGUUGCUCCUCUCGCAUCCCAAGCCGCUCAUCCGCGAUACGGCCACGUUUCAACCGCUGCGCGAUCUAGCAAAGACCAAGUACCCAAGUCUCAAGAAGCUUGCCAACCUCGUCCUUGGCAUCGACAUUCAGCUCGAAGGCGAAUCGCAUUCCUCGGUCGAAGACGCACGCGCCACCAUGGCCGUCUUCCGCAGUCAGAAGCCCAAAUGGGACGAGAUGCUUCGAUCUCAAGGCAAAGCAGGUGGAGGUGCUUUUGCAAGGCUGGCUUCGCGAUCGGCGGGCGCCAACAAAGUUUGGAAGGCUCCCGCCAACGGUCAAGCUGUCGAUGCUGCUUCACCCGCACUCGAUAAGAGGAGCAUCUUGAGUUUGGCGCGCGGAGGCGCACUUCAGGAUACCGUGCGCUUGAAACCUCGAAUGGCAGCAAAGGCCGACUGGUGGAAAGAGUCCGUGUAA